UGCUGAGGAGUACUGUGUGGCAGGUUGUCAUCACCAUGGGGGAGGCUUACUGUGCUUUGGGUGAGUGCUCUGUCUUGCUGGGCAGAGUGUCCUCUGGCCCUGGUCUUCCAGGGACAUGGUAAGAAUGAGUCUUAGGUUGCAUGGGAGAAUCAGAAGCUGCAGGGUUUGGAGCAAAGGUGCCAGAUACCGAGAUCAUCUGCCUGGUGGACUUCGUUUUAUGCAUGAACCUACUCUGAGUGUGGUGAAGUGGCUUCCAUGCGCACAGGAGCUGAGAAAUCCUGCAAAAGUCCAAGGAAGCCCCACAUGUGCCCAGCUCCCAGAAGUGUUCAUAGUGAUAGGCAGUUAUUGGCUCCUAUUGACAUUGCAGUGCAGUAAGUGGAGCAGGGAGGAGUCUAGCUGUCAGCAGGACAUGCAUCAGCAGGGCAGCCAAUGGGGGAAAAUGCCUUGAGGCUCAGUAUUGAUUCAUUUUAUGUUUAAUUUGGCAACCCAGAUUUCCAAGGAUCACGGCCAUGGUAUGCCUGGCCUGAUGAUGGGUGCAUCUUUCCACGCCAGAGAUGCAUAAAAAAGAGACCACAUGGCCUUCAAACCCAGCGCUUUUUACUAACUCUUGUGGCCUAAGAGCUUCCACUCUUGAAGCUAAGUGCAGAAAAGUACAUGGAGACUUAACAUUCAUCCCAGCCAAUGGAGAGCUGCCCUUGGUCCCCCAGGGAGAAGACCUUGUGUUUGCCUUACAAGCGUGGCCAGCAAGCCUCAAUGGACUGAAGCUGAGCAAAACCCCUGACUCCAUGACCUGCCUUGGGGAGCCUGUCCAUCCUGGAGCCAGGCUCCAAGGCUUUCCUUAUCCCUAUGGUCUGUCUGUGCUGAGGAAGAUACACUGAAUAGUCCAGGGAAACUACUCUUUAUGGCAAGUUGUUGCCAAAGUGCUGUUUCUCUGGCACUGCAAAAGUCUGGCAUGGUUGUGGCCAGGUUUUGGUGGGCGCUAGCUAGGCAGCAGCAGUGGUAGCUUGGUGGGGGACUGUAAUGCAGCCCCAACAGCUGCUCUUGGAGGCUUCAGGAGGCUUUGAUUCAGCCAUUUGAACUCUGUAACACAGACCUUUCAGACGGGAUUACAGUGGCACUGAGGAUCGUCUAGAAACAGCGAUAGCUGGAGCCCAGCCUCCAUGCAGCCCUGGUCUGCACUGUGAUUCUACAGUCUCAUUGCACAAUUAAAUAAAACAAUCAUUGAUAUUUCUAUGUGUCUCCCAGACCAGCAGCUAAAUAUACUUCCCCUUCACUGCCCUUUAUGCUUGUUGAGCACCGGGCCUUCCUCCAGUGGGAGAAAUGAGCCCCAGCCAGGUGCCUGCCUGUUCUAUCUGAGUGCAGAGCUAUGCAGACAAAGCUUCAGGUUGUUCUUCAUUGGUGGAGUAUGAGGUGGGUUCAUGCACGUCUAACUUGAGUACCAUGAAUAGAAGCUUUUGCAAUGAUGAUCCAGUGUAUGCACAGCGUGGGAGGAAGCCUUAUUCUUGAAGGAAUUAGCUCACAGACGUCUGGAAGAGCUGAAAGUAGACAUGAGGCAGGAAGGAUCUUCAAAGGUCUGGAGGAUGAUGGCCACCGUUUUGAAGAUAACCCUGGUGUGAGAAGGCAUCUGAUGAAAAAACCAUCUCGGAGUCAGAUCACCAGGACAAGCAAAAAAUUAGCAUCAACUCCAUCUGUCAGAAAGAAGAAGAAGAAGAAAAAGUUGGAUAGAAAGCCCCAUGAGGUGUUUGUGGAGCUGAAUGAGCUGGUGGUGGAUAAAAACCAGGAGAUGCACUGGAGGGAGACAGCCCGUUGGAUCAAGUUUGAGGAGGAUGUGGAGGAGGACACAGCAAGAUGGGGGAAACCCCACGUGGCUUCACUGUCCUUCCGCAGCCUGUUGGAGCUCAGGAAGACAAUUGCCCAUGGUGCUGUCCUCCUUGACCUGGAACAGACCACUCUGCCUGGCAUUGCCCACCUCAUGGUGGAGACCAUGAUCAUCUCUGACCAGAUUAGAGCAGAAGACAGAGCCAAUGUGCUGCGUGCCCUGCUGCUGAAGCACAGCCACCCCAAUGAUGAGAAAGAGGGAUUCUUCCCAAGGAACCACUCCAGCUCCAGCAUGAACUCCAUCGUGGGGAACCACCACCACAACCACACCGACACUUGUGUGCCCCUCAUGGGGGAGGAGCGCAUUGAGAUGGCUGAUCCCAAGGCCAGUGAGACCGAAUGCAAGGAGAAAACCCCACAUCUCCAUAAUUCUGAGGGCCACCGUAAAUACCUGAAGUUAAUGGAAAAGAUCCCUGAAGAUGCAGAGGCCACAGUGGUCCUCGUGGGUUGUGUGCAGUUCCUGGAGCAGCCAACUAUGGCCUUUGUCCGACUAAAUGAGGCCGUCUUCCUGGAAUCUGUCUUGGAGGUCCCGAUUCCUGUCAGAUUCAUCUUUGUGCUGCUGGGACCGAGCCAGGCCAACAUGGACUACCAUGAAAUUGGCCGCUCAAUCUCCACUCUUAUGUCUGACAAGCACUUCCACGAGGCUGCAUACAUGGCAGAUGACCGUCAAGACCUCCUCAACGCAAUCAAUGAAUUUUUGGACUGCAGCAUCGUCAUCCCCCCAUCUGAGGUGGAGGGGAAAGACUUGCUCAAAUCCAUCGCCACCUUCCAGAAGUUACUGCUGAUGAAGAGGAAGGAGAGGGAGCAGAAGUCCAUGAAGGAGGGGGCUGUCCAGGAAGCCAAAGAGCUGUGUGAAGUGAAAGCUGAGGAAGAAGAGGAGGAAGCUGAGGACGACCCUUUGAAGCGGACUGGGAUAUUUUUUGGAGGUCUGGUUCGGGACAUAAAGCGCAGGUACCCCAAAUACCUCAGUGACAUCAGAGACGCCUUGCACAGCCAGUGUCUCGCAGCCGUUCUCUUCAUCUACUUUGCUGCUCUCUCUCCUGCCAUCACCUUCGGGGGACUCCUAGGGGAGAAAACUGAAGGUCUCAUGGGGGUUUCUGAGCUGAUAAUCUCCACCUCGGUUUUAGGGAUACUCUUCUCCCUGCUUGGAGCUCAACCGCUCCUGGUCAUUGGCUUCUCAGGGCCUCUGCUGGUGUUUGAAGAAGCUUUUUACAAGUUCUGCCAGACACAAGGCAUUGAGUAUCUGACAGGCAGAGUGUGGAUUGGUUUGUGGCUCAUCGUCUUCAUCUUCAUUAUUGUGGCAGCUGAGGGAAGCUUCUUGGUGCGCUACAUCUCGCCCUUCACCCAGGAGAUCUUUGCUUUCCUCAUCUCUCUCAUCUUUAUCUACGAGACCUUCUACAAACUGUACAAGGUGUUUGCAGAACAUCCUCUGCUGAAAUUCUACCCACCGAAUGUGCAGAGUGGCCUGAAUGCCAGCAUGCUCUCUGCGGAUGCGAUGUCACUGGGAAUCAGGAUGCAGCCCAACACUGCUCUCCUCUCCCUCAUCCUCAUGCUAGGCACCUUCUUCAUUGCCUUCUUUAUGCGCAAGUUCAAGAACAGCCGUUUCUUAGGAGGAAAGGCUCGGCGGAUCAUCGGAGACUUCGGGAUCCCCAUCUCCAUAUUGGUCAUGGUGCUGGUGGAUUACACCAUCACUGACACAUACACGCAGAAGUUGAAUGUCCCCUCUGGCCUGUCAGUCACAUCUCCUCACAAGCGUGGCUGGUUCAUUCACCCCAUGGGCAGCAGCGGGACCUUUCCAAUGUGGAUGAUGUUUGCCUCUGCCAUCCCAGCCCUCCUGGUCUUCAUUCUUAUCUUCAUGGAGACACAGAUCACCACGCUGAUUGUUAGCAAGAAGGAGAGGAAACUGCUGAAAGGCUCUGGCUUCCACCUAGACCUGCUGCUUAUUGGCACUAUGGGGGGGCUUUGCGCACUCUUUGGGCUGCCUUGGCUGACUGCAGCGACGGUGCGCUCCGUCACCCACGUCAAUGCCCUGACGGUCAUGAGCAAGGCCAUUGCACCAGGAGAGAAGCCCAAGAUUGAGGAAGUGAAGGAGCAGCGUGUGACUGGAGCGCUUAUUGCUGCUCUUGUUGGUCUGUCCAUUGUGAUGGGGAACAUGCUGCGGCAGAUCCCACUGGCCGUGCUCUUUGGCAUCUUCCUGUACAUGGGGGUUACAUCGCUCACUGGCAUCCAGCUCUAUGAGCGGCUGCUCCUGAUCUUCAUGCCAUCCAAGCACCACCCUGACCACAUCUAUGUUGUCAAGGUGAAGACCUGGAGGAUGAAUCUCUUCACCUGCAUUCAGCUGGCCUGCAUUGUGCUGCUCUGGGUGGUGAAAUCUACAGUGGCAUCCUUGGCCUUCCCCUUUGUCCUGAUCAUGACAGUGCCAUUGCGACGCUUCGUGCUGCCCCACUUCUUCCAUGACAGGGAGCUCAAAGCGCUGGACUCGGAAGAUGCAGAGCCAAACUUUGAUGAGGAUGGCCGGGAUGAGUACAAUGAGCUGCACAUGCCUGUGUGAGCUGGGAGCUGCCCUCCACACUCAUGGGACAGGCUGCUCACGCCUGAUCAUCCCUCCCAAGGCCUAACUGGAGACUUGCCAUGAGUCAUGUGAUCUCUUGCCUGAACCAACAAAUGGCUGUUCUAUAGCCCCGCAGGAGGCAGCCCUGACUCCUGCUGCCUCAUCGCUUGCUCAGCAGAGGCUGUGAGUUUCUCUCCUCUUGGACCUGGUGGGCUGAGAGAUGCCUCUCACAUCACAGAACUGUGUGGGUCCUGAGUGCCCAUGGGUCAGGGCUCUGCCCCCUCCUUGCUGGAGGCAGCCUAUGCCUGGUCUCCUGGUGGUGAAGGGGAGCCAUGCCAGCUGGUGCCACCCUGUCCCUCUCCACUACCGUGAAGUUUGGGUGUCUCAGCACCAUGUGCCACUGAGCAGUCACAGAGAUGGGCUGGAUGCUACCUGUGAACGGCCAAUGGGCUUCUCCCAGGCCAGCAGCCUCCUUGCUCAACUGGUGGAUGCCUUGCUCCUGCUCCUUUUCCUCCUUCCAGGAGGGCUCAUGCUGGGCCUGUGCCACAGACCCUGGCCCAUGAGGCUUCUGCAGCCUGGCAGAUGGAAGGGACCAGUACCCUGGCCCUGUCCUCCAGACCAGCAUCCGUCCAGUCACCAUCCCACAGGACUGUUUUCAGCUCUUGCUUGGCAUGGGGGAGGCUGUUUGGUUCCUCCUGAUUCUCCCAACCCUCUUUCCACAAGAAAACUGCACAGGAAGGGGAGGCUGGUGACAAGCAGGUAUCCUGAAGCCUCGAGUGCCUGUCCUCUUGCAGAGAUUAAGAGGAGUCCUGUGCCAUUCUGCACCUCCAUACAGGUUGCAGAGGUAAAAAUUCAUCACUGGGCUGCAUCCCGGUUCCUGAUUCCCACGUUCUUGUCCCUGAGAACAAACCAUAUUUAAGAAGCUGUACAAAGGAUGUAGUGCUGGAGUGCAAAACAGUCCUUUGGGUCCCCUCCCUUUCCCUGUGCAGUGGUCCACUGGGUCUGGCUCCCUGCAGCCCUAUGAGGAAGUCACUGAAACCUCCAGCUCACAUUCUGCUGCCAUACCAGCAUCCUGUGUGACCUUUUGUGCCCAGGGGUGCCUUCCAGGUAGAAAGGAGCAGCAUUCAGCAUGCCCAGCACUCAGCCCCAUUCAUCUCUGGGCAGUUCCAAACACCUUUCCACCUGUCAGAGCUGUCCCCUGGGGUCUCCCCUCACUCAGAGCUGCCCCAGGAACUGGUUCCGUUAAUGGUUCCAUUGCUGCCCCCAUUGGCUCUGAGAGUAGUGCCAGAGCAGAAGAGCCUCUCAGCCUUUUCCUGAUGGUUGGAGCCAGAGUGGCCUUCUGGAGGAGGCUGGGAUGCUCACUUCACCAUUGCAUUUGGGACAAGCUGCUGCUCCAGUUCCUAUUUAUCAGCCUGGCUCUUGCCAGAGAUGGUGGAUUCUUCAGCACUGGGAGGGUUCAACGCCUUCCCAGGAGGCUCUAGAAAUAUCCCACCAGAGAGAGAAAUCUCCCCCCACAGCAGGUUCCUGCCCCACAACCUGGCCCCUCCACAGGGUCUGGGGUGGAGGGACAAGUGUCUCUGUGUGUCUGUGGCCAUGUGUGUCCUGUCCUCACUGUGUAGUGUAGGAGGCCUGUUGUCGCUGUGCAUUGUGACUCCUCUGACUGUAGUGGAAACGGCUACACCAAUAAACUCUUCACAGGAAUCGU